AUGGCGCCACUCCUGGAUAGUAUGGUCGCCACAGCCCUCCUGACCACGCUAGUGUGCCCAGUAACGGCAAGCUAUGGCUUCUACAUCGGCAAAGACCUCUCCGCCAGCGGCCACACCAUGCUCGGCGGCACCGGCGAAGAAGUAUCAUCACACUGGCUACAAAUCUUCCCCGCCGCGGACCACCCACCAAACAGCACCCUCACAGUCGGCGUGACCCCAGACGCCACCCUACCAGGCAACCUGAUCAACAUAACCCAAGUGCCCCACACCUACCGAUACAUGUCCAUGGAGUACUCCGACUACGAGGGCUUCCCAGCACCCCUAACCAACGGCGGUGUCAAUGAGCACGGCGUAGCCGUUCGCGACAUCUGGGCCUCAAACCGCGAUGAACUCUACUCCAUGACCCCCAACCUGCAGACCGGCAUCCAAUACUCCGACCUCGCACGCCUGGUCCUCGAACGCGCGACAACGGCUCGCGAGGGCGUCCAACUCAUCGGCGACCUAAUCGCGGAGUACGGCUACGCAACCUACGGCGGCAACAGCCACCUCAUCGCCGACAAGGACGAGGGCUGGGUGGUGUGGGAGUUUGCUGGUGGGGAGAAGCUCUGGGCUGCGGAACGCCUGGGCCCGGAUGUAGUCAGGGUGAGCUAUCCGGGGUAUAUUGAAGAGUUUCCGCUGGAUUUUGCAGACAAUGACACGAAUUAUAUGGGUAGUCCGAACUUGGUGAGUUUUGCGGAGGAGCAGGGGUGGUGGAAUGCGAGUUCGGGGGAGGCGUUUAAUGUGUUUAAGGUGUAUGGUGUGCAGGGGGACAAUUAUACGGCUAGGGAUGGGGGGUUCAAGUAUAUGUCGCAGGCUGCGCUGGAGGAAUUGGCGAUGGAGAAGGCGCCGUUGACGGAGGCGGAUUUGAUGGAGUUGGUGAGGGAUCCGAGGAUUGCUGAUGAUGAGGCUGGGUAUGGGCAGGUUGUGACGCUUAAGACUGUUUCGAAUGGGACGGGGGGCAGUGAUGAGUCGUUUGUGGACCCAGAUCUCAUUCGUAUCUGGAAUGCGCCGACCGGGAGCGUAACCGCUCCGUUCAACGUGUGGUGGCUCGGUGUAGAGUCCGUUCCGCCGGAAUAUGGUCAGCAUCGGUAUCUGACUAAAGAUGCGGCCAGCACCUUCCUCAAUCCGGACUUCCAGCUGCAAGAAGCGAGUGUCUUCGCGGGUCGGGUCUUCAAGAGGCUGCUCUACUACACCUGCUCGAAUCCCGAACGGCUAUUGCUGGAGUGA